AUGGCCGAGAAGUUCUCGAGAUGGCGGGAUCCGUCGACGGGCAUCGCGCCGUUCCUUGUCCCCCUCCCCGCCGGCACCAACUCGCUACCGCCAGCGCUCCAGCUCGUCACGGUACCCGUUGCCGCUCUACUUGGAGCUGUGCGCGGACUCCUUGUCGUCCUCCUCCUCCUCGCGCAAACCGUCCUUGUCGAGGGCAUCCUCCUCAUCUUCUCGCCCGUACCGCCAGUCCACGCAGCCUUGACCAGGGCAUGCAACGCCAGCCUCGCCCGCCUCGUCCUCCUCGUCCUUGGCGUCGUCCACGUCAAGGUCGAGACCGUCCAGAUCCGCAAGACGGUCCGCGCACCUCCUGCUGUCCCGUUCGACCCGCGCAAGGGCGACGUCAUCAUCGCCAACUCGUGCUCGCCCCUCGACCUCCUGUACCUCGCCUUCCGCUACAACGCGACCUUCCUGCUCCCCGUCGCCGCCUCGCCGACCGCCUCUUCCUCGUCCACGAUCGCCGGCUGGCGCCGCGUCACGCUCCUGUCGGCCAUCCUCGCGAGCGGCCAGCUCCCGCAGCCGGGUGCGGCGGCUGAGAGCCUCGAGGCGGCGGUCAAAAAGGCGGUCGGGCCCGUCGUCGUCUUCCCCGAGGGAACGACGUCGAACAACCGCGCCCUGCUCAAGCUCGCCGACAUCGCGACGCCCGCCGCCGGCGCCAAGAGCUCGCCGCUGCGCACCUUUGUCCUCGCGUUCAGGUACCCGGCCCCGACCUCGCUGGCCCCCUCGCUCACGUACCCGAUCCCGACCCCCUCGCCGCUCUCGGGCCUCCUCUCGCACCUGUACACCCUCACGUCGCGCCUCACGCCCUACACCUUCUCGGUCCGGCGCCUGCGCGCGUCCGAGGCGCCCAAGCUGUCGGUGCGCCCGACGAAGGACGAGUGGGACGCGCUCGGCGAAGCGCUCGCGAACACGGCGCGGCUCAAGAAGGUCGGCGGGCUCGGAUGGGUCGAGAAGGGCGCGUUCCUCGACUUCCGCAGACUCAAGGGCAGGUAGGGCGACGGCGGUGCCGCGAUUGAGGCUGUCUUUGCCAUCCAGAUUGCUCUCCUCUG